GUUUGAUAAAAUGUUCCUAAUUUCAGAAAUUUUUCUCUUAUUUGUAACUUAGCAUCACAAGCUCGAAUAAAGACCGCAAGUUGUGCAGUGCCUGAUAUAUCACACAAUUCAUCAAUUGAAAAGAAAAAAUAGUUCAAGUCAGCAGAGGCAAAUUAUAUUUGUUCUUUUAAAUUUGCGGACAUCUUAUCAAUUCUAGUAGCAAAUGUAUUUCUUGUCAACGAUAAAUUUUUGAGAAGUUCCAACUGUUUUUACAAGACAGGUUUGCUGCUGAUUUAGCUGUGCCUUCAGCUGCAACAGUUUCAUGUUUCGAAGUUGAUCUUUAAAUUUGUCAUAUUGACUGGAUGACAGUUCGUAUAGUUUGAAGGGCCUUAUCACGUCGUGGUGACAUAAUUUUUGGAUGACGCAGUCACGUGGGGGUUAGUAUGCUCCGCCAACUAGAAGUACUUGAGGUACGAAACUACACUAGACCCCAUUGAGUUAGCAGACCAACAUAAUGUGUAUUUCGCAUGCCUGCCAGAAGUUAUCGAACAGCAAUCAUAUAUACUUCAGCCUCUCGACUGCUCAUUUUUUCCCCUAAAGCGAAAUAGAGCAAAAUACUAGCCUAAUGGCGGUCAUGAACACGAAUUUGUGGUUGUCCGGAGAAACAUUUUCCACUUUCACUGCACCAGCUUUAAAUCCUUGUUAACAGCUGCACAAAAUCUUGAAUCGGGAUGUCAAGUUUGUGAGAUUCACCCAUCUAACCCCUCUGCUGUGUUGCGUAAGCCCUGAGCAACUGACCAGCGAUUACGAUAUGUCUUACUCCUCUUGCACAGGGGUGCAUGGUAAGCAUACCAUGCCAUAUAUGUAACGCAAUAUCGCUAAGUUAAUGAUUAGCACAGUAGUACGAUGCUCCACAUCCAGACAUCGCCGUCUGUGUCCUUUCCGAAGUGGUUUUUAAUAUGUUUCUGUUUCCAGUUAUUGGUCUAUAUAUGUGUAGAAUCUGAUACUUUGAAUUAAACAUGCCUCCAACUCAACAGGCUUCACUGAAUAAAAUAACGCUAAAAGGAUCAGCAGCAAUUGUUUCCGAAUUUUUCUACUAUGGAAUCAACAGCAUUUUAUAUCAACGUGGAAUAUAUCCAGCGGAAAUGUUUACCAGAGAGAAAAAAUAUGGACUGACCAUACUUGUUUGCACAGAUGACAAGAUUAAAGAAUAUUUGGAGGAAAAUGUUUGUCCACAAUUAACUGAAUGGUUAGAACAAGGUGUUGUCAACAGGCUUGUUGUCGUUAUAAAAGAUGUUGACACAAAGGAACCACUUGAAAGAUGGCAGUUUGAAAUAGAUUGUGACAAGACAGUAACUUCUAAAGAUGGAGAAAAGAAUCACAAAACCAAGGAAAUUGCAGAGAUUCAUAAAGAAAUAUGUGCUGUAAUCAGACAAAUAACAGCUACGGUUACAUUCUUGCCUCUCUUGGAAACUGCCUGUUCUUUCGAUGUUCUGUUUUACACAAGUCAUGAUGCUGAAAAUAUAUCACCAAAGUUGGAGGAAAGCAGUGCUUUCUUGAUCACCGACUCUCAAGAAGUGAAACUGAGAUCAUUCAACACUACAGUUCAUAAAGUUGAGGGGGCUGUGUCAUACAAGUUUAAUACCAUCCGAUGAAAAUGCUAAUACCAAUUUUUUAAAAAACAGUGAAGAAACUAUUGCUGCGCUCAACCUCCUACUGAAAUUAUGGAACAAUUUUGUCCAUUUCCCUGUUGGUGUGACCAGUUGCGCGGCCAGGGGGUUCCGACAGGGGGACAGAUUAAGAACGCUUUCAUGGACAUCGUAAAUCGCAAAAUUUAUUGUACCUACCGCACACAUUAUAAUUGAAUGAAUAGCCAUGCCGUCACGUAAAUCGAAACAGUCAAUAGUGCGCUCGAUGUACCAAUAUUAUCAAUUCCACUACCGACGGUCCCCUACACGCUUUUUUCUGAAAUAUGAUAAUAUACAAGAUAAUUAUUGUAAUGUAUAUUCAUUAUUCAAUCAAUAUUGUGCUAAAUUAACCUUACUCCGUGGAAUUUUAUCGGUGAUACAGGGAUUGAUCAAAUUUGCAAAAAUACGAAGCAGAACAAGAUAUAAUCGGGCAAUGUACCCCACAUUUUUAUCCGGGGAUAGCCGUGGUAUAUUUAUGGUAGUAAUGUAUUAUAUUUUUCGACGCGACCGCAGUUUGAAUUAACACAAUUAAAUUAAUACAGCUAGACAUUUUGAAUUUGCCCGUAUCGGGCAUGUAUUGGUCAACACGCGCAACAAGAAAAUCCGGCUAUGGCAAUAAACGUAGUCACGGCGACCGCUCCAGAAGCUGUUUUUCGAGGCGAUGAAUAUGUAUUUUUGAUAUACUAUUUAUGUAUUUUUAUUGUACUGAAUUAAAUUGUACUCUGGGAAUUUA